AUGCGAACGGAGCCAGAGACUGAUUUUCAGAGCGAGUACCCGGCCGCCAUCGAGGAUAUCGUCAGCGUGGUGGAUCAGCACUAUGAUUCUAGCGCCAAGUCUACUGAGCAGAACCUGUACCUCCCCAUCCACAAGCUGAACACGCUAGACGUGUUUGCUACUUCGAACCUCGGUGAUCUAACGGGUUCGUCAGGAGCCGUGCGUAAUCUCUUCUCGUACGGCCGGCCACUCUAG